AUGAGUGAAUUGAAGGCUUUCAUCGGUUUAUUGUAUAUUGCCGGAUUUUAUCGCUCUGGAAGGCAAAAUACUGCAGAUCUGUGGGCUUCCGAUGCGUACGCGUUAAGAGCUUGCAAUGCCACGUGCACUCAAACUGUUCGACACAUGUUGGUUCAUCAGUUUUGGGCGCAGUUUAGCGGGGCGCAAGAGGUGUCCCUAAUAGAUGCCAUACACGAUCCAGUUUAA